AGGAGACAGAGGCACCAGGCGUCUGCAGGUGUCCGGGCUGAGGCCAGGACCGGCUCGCACUCCAACCCUCUGCCUGCAGCCGCAGCCGCAGCCCCUUGCAGGCAAGAGCCACCGCAGCCAUGGCGGGCAUGAAGACGGCCACCGGGGACUACAUCGACUCGUCCUGGGAGCUGCGGGUGUUUGUGGGCGAGGAGGACCCCGAGGCUGAGUCGGUCACCCUCCGGGUCACGGGGGAGUCGCACAUCGGCGGGGUGCUCCUGAAGAUCGUGGAGCAGAUCAAUCGCAAGCAGGACUGGUCGGACCACGCCAUUUGGUGGGAGCAGAAAAGGCAGUGGCUGCUGCAGACCCACUGGACGCUGGAUAAGUACGGCAUCCUGGCCGACGCCCGCCUCUUCUUCGGGCCCCAGCACCGGCCCGUCCUCCUGCGGCUGCCCAACCGCCGAGCUCUGCGCCUGCGAGCCAGCUUCUCCCAGCCCCUCUUCCAGGCUGUGGCUGCCAUCUGCCGCCUCCUCAGUAUCCGGCACCCUGAAGAGCUGUCCCUGCUCCGGGCUCCUGAGAAGAAGGAGAAGAAGAAGAAGGAGAAGGAGCCGGAGGAGGAGGUGUAUGACUUGACCAAGGUCGUCCUGGCUGGGGGCAUGGCACCUGCGUUGUUCCGGGGGAUGCCCGCCCACUUCUCAGACAGCGCCCAGACGGAGGCCUGCUACCACAUGCUGAGCCGGCCUCAGCCGCCGCCCGACCCCCUCCUGCUGCAGCGCCUGCCGCGGCCCAGCUCCCUGCUGGACAAGACCCAGCUGCACAGCAGGUGGCUGGACUCGUCGCGGUGCCUCAUGCAGCAGGGCAUCAGGGCCGGGGACACGCUCUGGCUGCGCUUCAAGUACUACAGCUUCUUCGACCUGGAUCCCAAGACGGACCCGGUGCGGCUGACCCAGCUGUACGAGCAGGCGCGGUGGGACCUGCUGCUGGAGGAGAUUGACUGCACCGAGGAGGAGAUGAUGGUGUUCGCAGCCCUGCAGUACCACGUCAACAAGCUGUCGCAGAGCGGGGAGGUGAGCGAGCCCGCGGGCGCGGACCCGGGGCUGGACGACCUGGAUGCAGCCCUGAGCAACCUGGAGGUGAAGCUGGAGGGCUCGGCGCGCACCGACGUGCUGGACAGCCUCACCGCUAUCCCGGAACUCAAGGACCAUCUCCGCAUCUUGCGGCCCCGGAAGCUGACGCUGAAAGGGUACCGCCAGCACUGGGUGGUGUUCAAGGAGACCACGCUGUCCUACUACAAGAGCCAGGACGAAGCCCCGGGGGACCCCAUUCAGCAGCUCAACCUCAAGGGCUGUGAGGUGGUCCCUGAUGUCAACGUCUCCGGCCAGAAGUUCUGCAUCAAACUCCUCGUGCCCUCCCCUGAGGGCAUGAGCGAGCUCUACCUGCGGUGCCAGGAUGAGCAGCAGUACGCCCGCUGGAUGGCCGGCUGCCGCCUGGCCGCCAAGGGCCGCACCAUGGCGGACAGCAGCUACGCCAGCGAGGUGCAGGCCAUCCUGGCCUUCCUCAGCCUGCAGCGGACGGGAACCGGGGCCCCGGGCAGCCAACCCCAGGGCCCGGACGCCUCCACGGAGGGCCUCAACCCCUACGGCCUUGUUGCCCCCCGCUUCCAGCGCAAGUUCAAGGCCAAACAGCUCACCCCCCGGAUCCUGGAAGCCCACCAGAAUGUGGCCCAACUCUCCCUGUCCGAGGCCCAGCUGCGCUUCAUCCAGGCCUGGCAGUCCCUGCCCGACUUUGGUAUCUCCUACUUCAUAGUCAAGUUCAAGGGCAGCAGGAAAGAUGAGAUCCUGGGCAUUGCCAACAACCGGCUGAUCCGCAUCGACCUGGCCGUGGGCGACGUGGUCAAGACCUGGCGCUUCAGCAACAUGCGCCAGUGGAACGUCAACUGGGACAUCAAGCAGGUGGCCAUCGAGUUUGACGAACACAUCAACGUGGCCUUCAGCUGCGUGUCUGCCAGCUGCCGCAUCGUGCACGAGUACAUAGGGGGCUACAUCUUCCUGUCAACGCGGGAGCGGGCCCGAGGGGAGGAGCUGGACGAGGACCUCUUCCUGCAGCUCACAGGCGGCCACGAGGCCUUCUGAGGCCCGUCUUACUGCCCUGUACCACGCACCACCGCCAUGGCCGCUCCUAAGCCCACACUCACCGGGACUCACUGCCCACACCCUCUCCACGCACCGACCUGGGCACAUUCGCACCGUCACUGGCUUUGUGCAGACCAGGGGCCCGGCUGGGCCAGACGCUGCCAUGCCCCCGGCUGGGGAGGGCGGUCCUAAGCUCUGCAGCACCCUUCCCUCGUCUGAGUGGCCGAGACCAGCACCCUGGCCUAGCUGUAGUCCCUGAGCCCACAGGAAGACUAGCUGUAGCCAGAGCAUGGGAAUUGAUGGUUUCAAACGGGAAGGUUUUUGUUUUGUUUUUUUAUCUUUUUACAUUUCCUUUUUAAUAAAUAUUUUAUUGUUGGAUCAUC